AGUUAGUAUCGAUUGAACAGUUGCGCGUAACACAUCCACAUCGAACUGAUGCGGAGUGCCCGGCAGAGUCCCCACCACCCCCUAUUGUAAUAAAUAGCGGUGCACGAAGCGACCACGCUAGCAAACGUCAAAAGAAUACGACAGUGGCGACACACGCGAGAGUCAAAAUAAAAACAGCUGGAAAAUAAAAAAAAUCAAAUUCGAAAAAGAAUUACUUGUGACAAAAACGAGCGAGAGAGAGAGAGAACGAGCCAAAGAACAAAACGUUUUCAAGUUUCACAAACUAUUGCGCGAAAUUGAAAUCAGUGCCUUACAAUAUUUUUCAAAAUUCUUUCUUUUUUUUUUUUUGUUGGACUGUUUGUGCCUUGUAAUUCAAUAUAUGUAUUUAACAACAAAUGAAAACGACAUUAAGUCGCAUUAAAAUUGAAUAAAUAUUUUAACGAAUGGAUGAUAAUUCGCUCUACGCAACGAUAAGCAGAAUUCCAUAACAAAUGCUAAGCGACAAACUGAACAAGCAGAGCAGACGGACUGAUAAAAAAACAGCAGCAGCACAUAUACUACAUAAAUGUUUAAAUAAAUCACAAGCUAUAAUUUACAUGGGAAAAAGCAAAGAAAACCAGCAGCAAGCUAAACAGAAUUGCUUAGUUUUUGUUGUAUAAAAUAAAUUAGCAAUUAAACAACCUUGGCACCAAGUUAGAAAACAACACAAAACGAAAACUACUUAGAGCUUUGACAAAAACAUUUGCCAAAGCAGCGGCAAAAUUCUUAACUAUUCUAUUUCUCAUGUGUGACAACAGCAAAGCGUCAAACAAAAAACAAAAGCCACACAAAUUAUACAAACAAUAAUAAAAAAAAAAAUACUAAGCAGCACACUCCAUAAGAAAAGAAAAAAAAUCAACAACAACAGAUUCUCCAAAACGGGUAAAGAACAACGCAACGACCGAAAAUCAAAACAAACAAGUCCCCCAACCCAAUAAAGAGGCGAGCGGUGUGUGAACAACAAGAAAUUAAAAGCAUAUUCCAGAGACAGACAGACACACAUACAUGCAAAAAUAGAUAUAUGCAUAUGAGCGCUUACACCUGAAACGAAAGCAGAAGCAACAGCAAAAAAAAAAACCAAAAGAAAAACAAAACAAAAAAGCAAUAGCAACAAGCACAUACAAAGGCUAGAAGCAGGAAUCAACCAACUACAAAAACAAGCGAAAGCAACAACAAGAAGAACAACAGCAAAAAACGGAACAAUGACAACCAAACAGCCCAGAAAAGUAGCACCCGAUGGCGGCUGGGGAUGGGUCGCCUGCUUCGGCGUCAGUUUGGUCAAUCUGGCCACGCGUUCGAUUGAGCCCUCGUUUGGUUUGCUGUUCGGCGACACGCUGCGGGAUCUGAAUGUGGGCACCACUGGCGCCGCCGUCAUCAUCAGCACCAUGGACGUCUGCAUGAAUUUCUCGGGCCUGUUUGUGGGUCCGCUGCUGAAGGAGUUCAGCUAUCGGAAGGUGGCCAUUGCGGGCUCGCUGCUCUGCGGUCUGGGCCUGGCGCUCACCUCGCCGGCGAGCACCAUGGCGCACAUACUGAGCACGUACAGUGUGAUCAACGGCAUUGGCGUGGGCCUGUCCACGUCGGCGGCGUUCGUGGCGCUCAAUCAUUACUUCAAGCACAAGCGCGGCCAGGCCGUGGGUCUGUCCAUGGCGGGCACAGCGCUGGGCAUGCUGAUAAUGCCGCAGCUGGUGCGCAUUCUGCUGGAGGGCUACGGAUUUCGGGGAGCGGUGCUCAUGCUGUCCGGCGUCGCCUUGAACGCCAUGGUGGGCAGCGUGCUGUUGCAGCCAGUGAAGUGGCAUAUGAAGGAGGAGUUCGAUGACGAGGAGCUAAUGUGCAUAUCGUCGGCGCUGCCAACGCCUCAGCCACAGCAGCAGCAGCAGCAGCAGCAGCAGCAACAACAGACGGGAGCGGCGGCCAAUGCUGCGCCCGAUUUCAAGGUCAUCAAGGAGGAUGGCAACGAGGAGGACGCGCUGCCCGAGCUGAAUACGCUGCUGUUCAAUAAGCAUGCCCAUGGUCAUGGCCAUGUCCAGAGCCAGCAGUUCAUGCGCAAGAACUACUCCGAAAUGGCCAUGAACACGCUGAAUGGCUCCCGCCUGGGUCUGACCAAGCGUCCGACCUUUCCGCGCAUCAUGUCGCUGGCUGGCGUGCAGUCCGCCGAUGUGGGCAGCGGCAGCGGCGGCUAUCCCUCCCAGGCCGAGGUGAACACCAAUCAGCUGCGCUGCCGCAAGGCCUCGGUCACCUCGAAUCUUUCCUACAUGGACUUCACCGGCAGCAUCCUGCAAGUGCAUCUCAACACCGGCGACGACGAGUUCGAGCAGAACGAUCGCGAGCUGCGACGCGUGGGCACCGCCACGGGCAGCAUUUUGGGCGGCCAUCGCGACAGCUUCAUCAAGAUGAAGCCCACCGAGCUGGAGAAGCAGUCUGAGCAUGCGGCCAACUUGGCCGCCGAUGUCCAGGCCAAGAAGAAGAAGCCCGGAUUCUGGCGUCGCUUUGCCGAUUUGCUUGACAUUGCCAUGCUCAAGGAUAAAAUGUUCCUCAAUCUGCUCUUCGGCCUCUCCAUUUUCUACGUGGCCGAGAUGAACUUCAAGAUGGUCACGCCGUUCUUCUUUGCCAAUCUGGGCUACAGCAAGGCCGACGUCGCCUACUGUCUCUCGAUCACGGCCAUCACGGAUAUUGCCGCGCGUAUUGUCCUGCCUCCGAUCUUCGAUCGCACCACCAUCAAGAAGCGCACCAUAUUCCUCGUCUCCAUCAUCUUCGUCGCCCUGACGCGCUCCAUUAUGGCCGAGCAAACCGAUUGGACACAGCUGAUGGUCUGGCUAUCCAUUUGCGGCUUCUUUCGCGGCUCCGCUUUGAGCAACUUUACGCUCACCGUAUCCGAAUAUUGCUCGCUGGAGAAACUGCCCUCGGCCUUUGGUUGGCAUCUGGUGGGCAAGGCGCUGUUUGUGAUUAGCUUUGGGCCAUUGAUUGGUCUCAUACGUGACGUGACCGAUAGUUAUCCGAUUUGCAUUCAUGCUCAAAGUGUUUGCAUCAUGAUCUGCGCUCUGGCCUGGGGCAUUGAAUAUCUGGCAGAGUUUAUACAAUCGCGUCGACGCACCGCCGACGCAGCGCAGCAGCCAGCAGCAGCAGCGGAUGCUGCCACAAGCACAGCAACAACUGCAACACCAACAACAGCUGGAGACAAUCAUCAGGAUGUCAAGCUGUAAAUUGGCCAAAGAACAAAUUGAAGAAAAGCAAACAACAAACAUCACAGGGGCUGCGAAACUGCAACUAACUAAACUAAAACUAAUAAGCGAGUUAUUAUGUCAUACGCCUUAACUACGAAUACAUAUAAAAUAUUAACUAAAAACAAAGCCCCUGUCUGUAUUAAAAACUCAGCCUAGUUUCUAAAAAAAAAUGUAAUUUUUUUUUUUUUGCUGUCGAUUGUCAGUUUUCGAUUAGUUAC